AGGGCGCAGAAUGAAAGCGAAGCGCGUCGGUGUUAGUAAAAAGACCAGCAUGUACAAACGUGAAAACGGAAUAAAACAGUACUGAUACAAUAAACGGAAUAAAAAUAGCACUUGACAGACACGUUUUCGCACUGGCGGGCAGUUUCGGUGACUCUAAUGGAGGAUGAGGAGGACGAACAGCUUCCUCACUGCUGUGAAACACCAUUAAGAAACAAGAGCACAGAGAACAGAGACGCCUUGCAUCUAGAGGUGGGACAAUCGACUACCCGGCACAGACGUUUUGAAGACAGAUCCACUCAGACUGCGAGCUCUGUCCAGAACUCAGGGAGAGCUGGAGAUAUGGCACCAUUCCAGGGGUCUGAAGCAGAGACAGCAUCAUCUCCCUGUGGAAAUGUGGAUGCCAGGACUGCAUUUAGGGCUAAUUGUGGAACUGGGGGCUGUGCUUCACUUACUGCGGCCCUAGGGGCUCCUGAAGAGCCAAGAGCACUUUUUCAUGGAAAUGCUGGUUUUCGCGCCCACUUCCCUGCCUUGUUCGAACCGGUCCCGGAUGGUGCACCAAACACAAGAGACAGUGCGGUGGAUGAAAUGAGGCAAGAACAAAAAGAAGAUGAACCAGAGGCGGGGAUUAGUGUGGAGAUUCAGAUUGGACGUAAAUUACGAGAAAUGGGUGACCAGUUUCAGCAGGAACAUCUUCAGCUGUUCACUCAGCACCACAGGGGCCAGUUGGGUUGGUUCCACCUAGUAACAUCACUGUACAACUUCCUGUUUCCACGAGAAGGGCCCUGAAAUACAAGAGCCCAGAGACGAGGGGGCCACAGCACAGGUUCAGGACCCAAAUGAGUUUCACGCAGCACUGCAAGAUCUGGACUGUGCACAGAUGUGGAUUAUAUGGCUCAAAAACAGUGUGAAAAGAAGCGAGUUGCCGCUGGUCUGAGACUUCCUUCCUUUUUCAACAAAUUCAUUAUGAGGAUAGAGCAUUGGGGGAAAUGAGACAUAUACUGCAGGUUGUAUAUCAAAGAUAUAAAUAUUCUGCCUCAUGUUGUUUCCCCAACACAUCUUCACAUUUGAGUGGAUCUCGGUGCAGUGAAUGCCUUAAUAAAACCCUCCGAAGAAAGAAGCUCUACUGAAGAGGUCCACAGAAAUAUAUUUGUGCUGAAACGUCUACACAUACUACACUCUGACACAUUCCAGAACAGAUUCUUGAGCUUUUUCUGCUGAUUCAUCAAUGCUCUUGUUUGAUUCCUAUCCACGUGGCAGUUUUCAGUAUUAUUGGGACAGAGUUGAAACACUUUUUUCAUUGGCAAUGGAGACCUGUCGUCUUGACCAGGGCAUUCGUUCAUCCAUAGGCCAGUAACAUGCUUCAUAAAGGACUGAUGCACAGAACUUUGAACAAUUAAUUAUUUGUUGAAAUGAAGACAAAUACUUGAACAUCAGGUUUUACUCUAUCAACAUUGAGCCUUUUCUAAAAGUGUUUGCAUUUGAGAGAAAUGUGAAUUUUCUGAUAAAAACAUGCUGGAAUUCCUGCAGAAAAUAAUGCUUUCUCGUUAAGGGAGAAUGUACCACAAAUGAUUGAACUCACAGGUAAAAAAAAAAAAAAAA